AUGUUCCAACAAUCGUGGGGUAAUAUCUCCGAGUGGCCGUGCCGCAAUUUGAGGCAAGACUGGGACGGAAAGGUACCCCACCGAGCCCCGCCGAACGCAUGUACCGUCAAGGAAGGUGGCCCAAGGUUCGGUAAGAUCAUGCCCCCGCCCGACCCUCAGAACACUGCGACAGAAGAAGUCUCAGACUCGGGCAAAUCUCACCAAACCCUUGAAUGCUUUGCGAAGUCUGCAUCGCCAUCAGAUCAGUACGAUUGCUUCACCCACGCUUCAAAGAAAACACUAUCCUGGCUAGUUUUCCCAUCCAGAGGUGCCCCCGCAUCACUUUCCAGUUUGAUUUGUGGCUGUAAUGUACCAAGGACGAAUUCAAUUAGAAGACCAGUCGAGCUAUCAGAUAUACAACUACAGGCUGAGGAAAAAGAGUCAAAAGGUGUCAAUUUCGUCGGUUUUUCAUCAAAUGUGGAUUCAGACAGACCUGGAGAGAGGGAAACUGUAGCUCAAGAUACGACGAUUGACAGAUCAGAAACCAUUUCCUCCGGGGCUUUAUCAAGGGAGUCUUCAGGAGCCACUUCCACGCCACGCUCACCGACACAGACGAAGGAAGGUAGCAAAUUGACCAACAUCGAUUCCAUAAGCGCGCGUGAUGAAGGCAAGCAUCCCACAAGCUCCCCGAUGACCCUACACACAAGCCAAGACCACGUUGAGUCGCAACCUGAUGCUCCGAAUCCUGUAAACUCCUAUCCACAUGGCGCUGAAGAGGUCGAGUGGAACUUGAAGCGAAACACACAGGCGCCUUCGAAAGAAGACCCCUCCGGGAAUGCUGUGCUUGACUCACCUGGGCAUUCUAGUCUGGAAAACCUUGGUCCCAAUGACUUGGAUGUGUCUGCACUUAAAAUGAAGCUCGAAGAUCCCAAUUGGUGGAGUGAAAUAGAUAGAAGAGCUGCCGAAUUUUUGAAGGGGCAAGGAAACUACAUAGACCCGCAUACAGGAUUGGAGGUUCCGCCUCGAAAUCAUCAACAUAUAUCUGGCUCUGCUCCAGAAAACGAUGCCUAA